AUGGAUAAGAACCAGAACGGUUUCAGAAGAGGCAGAUCGUGCAUAGACAACUUAGUAAGAAUUGUAGCGGAAGUAGAAAUUGGAAUAAAAGAAAAUAAAGUACCAGUAGCGGCGUUUCUGGAUGUGUCAUCGGCAUAUGACAACGUUCUGCGAGAUAUAUUAGUAGGUAUGUUAUACAAGGAGGGAUGUCCAACAAGAAUAGUGAGAUAUAUUAACGAAUGGAUGUCAAAUAGAAUAGUUUCCUUUGUGGUUAAUCAAGAGGAAGAAAUUAAGAGACAUGUAUAUAAAGGGUUACCACAAGGAGGAGUGCUAAGCCCUAUACUAUAUGCCUUGUACACAAGAUAUAUUACAAGAGGACUAAGUUAUAGAGUAAGGACCCUUCAGUAUGCUGACGACAUAGCAAUUUAUACGAUUUGUGAUACAGAGGAAGAGAGUGUAGAACUAAUAGAAGACACUAUCAAGAAAAUAUGGAACAACUUAGAUAGUAUUGGAUUAAGCCUAGCGCCGGAAAAAACCAAGUGCAUAAGAUUUAAUAAAAACAAAGAAGAUAAUAUUAUAGGAUUAAGAAUAUUCAAUAAAAUUUUAAGAUCGGUGGACUGUGUUACUUUCUUAGGAAUAACAAUAGACAGCAGAUUAGAAUUUAAGCAACACCUAGAAAAAAUAGAAGCAAAAGUAGCAAAAGGAAUAAGUAUAUUAAAAUAUUUGAAUGGAAUAAGCUGGGGAAUGGAGAUUAACACAGCCCUAAUGAUAUAUAAAGGUUAUAUUAGAUCACUAAUGGAAUAUGGCAUUAUAGUAUACUACCCUAGGGAUUGGAGAUCAAAAGAAAAAAUGGAAAAGAUGCAAUAUAAAGGAGUGAGAACUGCACUAGGAUAUCGAAAUUCGACACCAACAAACAUCAUGAUAACAGAAGCAAGAGUCCUACGAAUGGAGGAUAGGGCAGGAAUGAUAGCAAGAAACUUCUGGCUAAAAGUAUGCACAUACAGUAAUAAGGAACUAAUAGGAAUAAUGAAUCGACUAGAAAUUAUAGAAAGUAGAGAAAGAUUUACAAGACCAAGAGGUAGACAGGAUGUCCUGAUAAGUUCAUGGAGAGACUUUAAUAAAUAUAGAAGAGAGAUUGAAUGGAUAGGGAAAUAUGAAAUAUAUUGUACAAAAUAUGAGGCCUUAACGAGUAAAAUUAAUAUAGAAAUAGAAAUAGGAAAACAGAGAAAAGACAAUAAAAUAACAGAUAAGGAGUUAGUAGAAAAAUAUGAGUGUAAAUACGAACUAGAAAAAGACUAUGAGAUUAUUUAUACAGAUGGAUCGAAACAGGAAAAUAGAAUAAGUGUAGGAAUAGGAAUAGUAGUUGAAGAAAGAGACGAGGCAUAUAAAGUUAGUAUAGAUAAUAGGUGCUCAAUAUAUACAGCGGAAGCAAUAGGUAUAGAAAUGGCAGUAGGAUGGUUAAUAGAUAAUAGAAUAGUCAGGGACACAUUGAUACUUACUGACUCAAAGAGCGUAUGUGAAGCACUAGAAAACAACAGUUUGAGAGUAAAUAAAAACAAACACAUAUAUAGAAUAAGGGAAAAGAUACUUCAAUGGAAGGAAAUGUGUAAAGGAAAAGGAAUAAAGGAAAAAAAACUGGUUAUCGGAUGGAUUCCAAGUCAUGAAGGAAUCAAAGGAAACGAAGUGGCAGAUGAACUAGCAAAAGAGGCAACAAACGAAGAAAAGGACGUAAGAAUAAAAAUACCCAAUCAGGACUGGAAACCAAUUUUUAAGGCAGAAAUGAAUGAUAGAACAAGGUGGAGAAUGGAAGCAGAAGGAAAAUACAAAGGAAGGAAAUAUUUUGACAAGUAUUAUAAUAAAGAAGAAAGUAAACCAUGGUUUAACAAAAUAAAUAUCCAUAGAGGAAUGGCGACAAUGAUAGGAAGAUUGAGAGCGAAUCACUACAAUCUGAGAGAAUCACUAGCGAGGAAGGGAUAUAUAGAGGACGACACAUGCGAAUGUGGAAUGGAGAGCCAAGACAUAUACCAUAUAGUGUUUAGAUGUACCAACUAUAUCGACCCGAGAGAGGUAUUAAUGCGAAACCUAAAGAAACUGAAAAUUCUGGAACCGUACAACUUGGACGAAUGGAUUAGUGGAACAAAGAUCGAAGCGUUGGAAGAGAUAUGGAGGUUCAUUAAGAGAAUAGGGAAAAUCAUAUAA